ACAAAUUUCUAUGGAAUUGCAUCGAUGAGCCUUGAAUUCCAUGGAAAUCGAGUAUUUCAGGUUAUUCUUCUUAUCAUUUCGAUUUAUUCCGAAAUUCAUCACGAUGACCCAAAUUCACUAUCUAGUUGUUGUAUUUUGUUCGUCUUAUCAAUUUUGUUCGCGAGUGCUCUACGCAGUUCUAUUUUACUUGUCGAGAUACCUAAAUUUCAUCUACGCAAUAAAUUUGAUGGAAAGAAUAAAAAAGUACAAAAAUUUGAAGUAGAUCAUGUUCAGAGGUUUCUCUCUAUGCUUGAAGUUCAUGUUAUUGACUUCUAAGCGACUCGAUUCCAUGAAAACGGCUAAUUCCAACUAACUAUAGCCUGUGGAUUUGUUGGAGCUAGCUUCUUUUGUGGAAUUAAUGGGCUUGUUCCAACUUCCAAGUUAUGUAUCCUUUGUAAUCUCUUUAUAUUGGGAGCUCGAUGAGAUCGACCCUAACCGAGCCUAGAUAUCGAGAUUUGGUUCGGGUCAAUCUCAUCAAUCUCCCAAUACUUUACAACAUAUAUACAACUGGACAAAGAACUCAACUUUUUUUCUUUUGUCACAGCAGGUCAGUCUCAUUGCUUAUGUAGUUUACUUUUUGGUAUCUUACUCAUGCAUUUUUUGUAAAAAGAAUUUCAACAUAUCAUUUGAAUUGAGAGUUUUUUUUUCUGUCAUCUUUUAGAUGACUUGUGGCUAAGCAUUUUGUACGAAAGACUCAUCUUUCAUCUUAAACUAUAUAUGUGGACCUUCUUCUUGCCAGCUUUGACGGACCACAUUCUACUUGUUGCUGGAUCAUCUACACAACUUGCAGCUUUGAUUUAAAUAGAGAACCAUCAUUGUUCCUGACUAAAUAAAUAUCAGAACCACGAUAUAUUCUCCUUGUCAAGAGAAAAUCUUGAGUGCAACGUGAAGGCUUCUUCUACAUUCAAUCCUCUAGCACAGAGACAUAUGCCAAUGAGGAGCAAAACCCCAACGCCUCUCCGCUUCUCAAGUGGAAAGCAUCAAAAAGCUGAUUCUGAGUAUAGUUGGAGUGAUGUAGGUACUGGGGAGAAGGCGAGGAAUGUCUCCGUCCUCGGUGCCAUCAGAAGGGCAGCUAAGAAAGUCUUUGCUAUUAUUUUCUUAGGACAACAAAAGUUCAAGCCCACAGAAUGUAGAUCUGAUCCUGGAGAGAGCAGCACGCUUGACAGAGAAUCUACAUUAUCAGGCUGGACUGGCUAUUCAUCACCAAGCUCUUUUGGAAGGUCAGCAGAAAGAAAGAUUUCAGGUCAAUAUCGUUUUUCUGGUUCAAGAUUUCAAAGUCCUGGGAAAGAUUCUUCUUCUAGCAAAAGUUGGCUCCAAGGCCCGGUUAUAUUUUCUUUUGGGGAGCUUCAAAGGGCAACUGCAAAUUUUUCAUCGGUUCAUCAAAUUGGGGAAGGCGGUUUUGGAACUGUUUUUAAGGGAAAGCUUGAUGAUGGAACUAUUGUUGCUAUCAAGCGUGCAAGAAAGAACAACUAUGGCAAAAGCUGGUUGCUAGAGUUCAAGAAUGAAAUAUACACAUUGUCGAAGAUUGAGCAUAUGAAUUUGGUAAAGCUGUAUGGAUUUCUUGAACAUGGAGAUGAAAAGGUUAUUGUUGUUGAAUAUGUUGGCAAUGGAAACCUACGAGAACAUCUAGAUGGUUUAAGGGGUAACCGCCUUGAAAUGGCAGAACGUCUUGAGAUUGCGAUUGAUGUAUCUCAUGCAUUAACCUAUUUGCACACAUAUACUGAUACUCCAAUAAUACACAGAGACAUUAAAGCAUCAAAUAUUCUCAUCACGAAUAAGCUUAGAGCCAAAGUGGCAGACUUUGGCUUUGCUCGUUUAGUUUCGGAAGAUCUCGGGGCUACUCAUAUAUCGACUCAGGUCAAAGGAUCUGCAGGCUAUGUGGAUCCAGAUUACCUCAGGACGUUUCAACUAACUGACAAGAGUGACGUUUACUCUUUUGGUGUUUUGCUCAUAGAGCUUCUCACUGGAAGACGUCCCAUUGAGUUAAAGAGACCACGGAAAGACCGACUCACGGUUAAAUGGGCAUUGAGGAGACUCAAAGACGAUGAAGCUGUUCUCAUAAUGGACCCGUUUCUCAAGAGAAACCGAGCCGCUAUUGAAGUGGCUGAGAAAAUGCUGAGACUGGCGAGCGAAUGUCUUGCCCCGACGAGAGCUACACGUCCAGCUAUGAAAGACAUUGCGGAAAAGCUAUGGGCUAUAAGGAGAGAGAUGAAGGAGACGAUGAUAUGUUCCUCUGCCUCUAAUUCUUCGUGUUCUUCAACAACACAUAGCUUCAUUGGUCGUGAUUCAGACAGAUUUGCAUUGCCGAGGAUCGAAGACAACGAGAAUAGCAUUGAGUUACUCUCUCCUUGAUGAUAUCAAUUUGUGAAACAUGUUGCUGCUUCUCAUUUAAAGAAAAAUCUUUACUUAGAUGAAUACAAAUAUACAUGUCACUUAAUUUUCUUUUGCUCUUGUAUAAAUAUACAAAUAAGUUUUGCUUAGUUUCGGGGAAUAUUCUUCAAAUGAGAAAAGAUGGAUAGUAGUCUUAA